UUUUGUAGAUUCUUUACUUUUUACGUGUGUCUGAUAUUGCAUUAAAGGAAACAUGACAAGAAAUCUUCUGAUCGCGUCUAUUGUCAACAUGAGCCUCGGAGGACUCUUUAUAUUAAUCGGCUUUGUAACUCCGGCGUGGGUUAUUUUUACUGACGGUUCGGUCGGCUUGUUGGGCGCAUGUACAUAUUCUAGAUGUGCAAGUUACAUCAGUCGUCCGGCAAAGUUAUCGGCUGCUCUGGCAUUGUUAGUUCUCUCGUUCAUAAUGGAAUUUGUCGGAGUUAUUUUAGUUGGGGUUGGAUGCGGGUGUUCUGGUCCAAAGAAAAAUCUGAUUUUGGGUGGAUCCGUACUCUCUAUUGUAUCAGCAUUCUUCGCAGUCGUUGGGCUCGGAGUCGCUGUUUCAUAUUUCUUCAGCGUUUUCUCCACUGUUACCUUGGGCUAUAGCUUCGGAAUGACACUGCUAGCCGUCAUAUUGGCGGUGGUAGCUGGAACACUGGGGAUCAAAGCUUACAAGACAUUUGAGAACUAGGUGUUUUUAGAGAGGGGAUUCUGAAACGGAAAAUCUCAAAAUUUCUUACUUGGACCAAAUAAAACCAAAAUCUCUUGUUUGCCACUUUUUGUUUUACACCUAUAUAACCUAGUUGAUUAUCUACAGAUAUAUAUGCUUGUGUAUACGAAGUAUUAUGGGGUGGGGAAAGAUGUGACACCUUUUUAUUCUAUUUUCCUGUCCCAUUUAGUAGUAAAUAAAGAACAUUCGAAGAAUUACUAAGCCCUAUACCGUUGUUGUUAAUUGUAUAAAUUACGAACAUGAUAAUUGGAUAUUAUAAGUUAAAGGUGUCCCAUCUUACCUUCCAGUACUAAACGUUGUAAGAUUCGAAUUAAGCGUCGCUUUAACGUUUGAUUCUUGCUAAAAAGUUACUAUAUAUAGUAGGUUGGGGGAAGAUGGGACAGCUUUUCAUUCUAUUUUCUCGUCCCAUUUGAUAGUAAACAAAGAACAUUCAAAGAACUAUAAAACUGUAACCUCAGGACUCCCAUAGACCGUUGUUAAAUGUUUAAAUCCCGAUCAGGAUAUUUGGAUAAUACGUGUUAAAGGUGUCCCAUCUUCCACCAACCCUACUAUACACAUUAAGUCAAGUUUCCAAUAAAACCGUAAGACGAACUACAUUAACCGUAAUGACUGGGAAUUUCUUAUUAAAUGUUAACAAAGUUGCUGUGCGCCUAAAAAAAACUAUGUAUAAAUAAAAUAAAAAUAAAAUUAGCAUUUUAACUAAACCAUACAUAGAGCAUAUUUUUUCUCGAUUUUGUUUUGCAUUUAAUUGUGUACCUGUCAAUUUGCGAGUGCACGUAUAUAAGCAUAUAAUAAAUCAUUUAAUCGGUUUA